AUGUUCAGAUCUAUGCUCGUCCGUUCUUCUUCCUCGGCGAAGCAGUCGCUUCUCCGCCGCGGCUUCUCUUCCGAGUCCGUCCCCGAGCGCAAAGUCGCCAUCCUUGGCGCCGCCGGUGGAAUCGGUCAGCCUCUUGCUCUCCUCAUGAAGCUCAACCCUCUCGUCUCUAGCCUCUCCCUCUACGAUAUCGCCAACACACCCGGAGUUGCCGCUGAUGUCGGCCACAUCAACACCAGAUCUGAGGUUGUUGGAUACAUGGGAGAUGAAAACUUGGCCAAAGCUCUUGAAGGAGCUGACCUCGUUAUCAUUCCAGCUGGUGUACCGAGGAAGCCUGGUAUGACCCGUGACGACCUUUUCAACAUCAAUGCUGGAAUCGUGAAGAACCUCUGCACCGCCAUCGCCAAGUACUGCCCACAUGCACUUAUUAACAUGAUCAGCAACCCUGUGAACUCUACUGUUCCGAUUGCUGCAGAGAUUUUCAAGAAGGCUGGUAUGUACGAUGAGAAGAAACUGUUUGGUGUAACCACUCUCGACGUCGUUAGGGCCAGGACUUUCUAUGCUGGAAAGGCAAAUGUCUCUGUUGCAGAAGUUAAUGUUCCCGUGAUUGGUGGUCAUGCUGGUGUUACAAUUCUCCCGCUCUUCUCUCAGGCUACUCCUCAAGCCAACUUGUCGAGUGAUGUACUCACUGCCCUCACCAAGCGUACCCAAGAUGGAGGUACAGAAGUCGUGGAGGCAAAAGCAGGAAAAGGUUCAGCUACAUUGUCAAUGGCCUAUGCCGGAGCACUAUUCGCUGAUGCAUGCUUGAAAGGACUCAACGGUGUUCCAGAUGUAGUAGAAUGCUCAUACGUGCAAUCCACAAUCACUGAGCUUCCUUUCUUUGCAUCAAAGGUGAGGUUGGGGAAGAACGGCGUGGAGGAAGUUCUUGAUUUGGGGCCACUCUCAGACUUUGAGAAGGAAGGCUUGGAAGCAUUGAAGCCAGAACUCAAGUCUUCCAUCGAGAAGGGAGUUAAGUUUGCCAACCAAUGA